CAGCCACGGAACGCUCACAAAGCUUGCAGCGCCAUUCUGGGCUCGAGGUUGCAAAAGCCGACGAGAGUUUUUGCCGUAAAGCACUAACUCGACAUCAGUUUCCUCUGAUUUCUGAGUUAAGUCCAUGGCAGGGCCAGGGAGUUCGAUGCUAUAUUCCUUUCUUCUAUUCACUGUCAUUCUCUCACUUCAAGAAGUUUAUAGGGGGAAAUUAGCAUCAACAGAAUUAUUUACUAUAGUUGGAGGGUUCAUUAGCUCUCUCCUAUUUCUUGUGCUUCUAACUUUCAUUGGAAAUUUUCAGGAAACAGUUGGUGCGAGAACCGGGUGGGGUGCUGUCAUAAUAGCGGAAGCAGUGGCUCUAAUUGCUGCAAGCACUGUCCACCGAGUUUGCAUCACAACAUGUUUCCUGUUCUCAGUUGUUUUGCUGUACGAGGUUAACAAGCUCUCGGGGGCAGUUCUUUCCAGAAGUGAAUCCAAAGCAAGAAAACACUGAAAGACUGCAUAAUCAAUCAAGCCGAUUAUCUCUCAGUGAUCAGGGUUUUAAUCAUGGUUUUGUCUGGCUGUUCUUAAAUUGCAAACUUGCUGCAGCAUGUCUCUCAAAAUCACUGAACUAUAGUUGUUUGUAGCUUUCUGCAGAGCACAUGAUUUGGUAUAACGAAAGUGGUAGUUUUUGUUCUAGAUUUGAUCAUCAGGACGAAUAUUGCUAAAUCUUGUACUAUGGUUUUGAUAGAUGGUGAGCUAACCAUAUAACAAGUGCUCAAAGUUUAAAUUUUUUUUA